UUCUAACUUGGAGCUUAAUUUACCUGGGUGGUGGCAUGGUGGCGAGGACUGUAUUAAAUUGAAAGUGUAUUUAUGUAUCCGCGCUAAAUGUGUCCUGAAAAAUAUGUUUUCUACGAAGUGAACGCUUAUGCUAAAACAUAGCUCAGAGUAACUUUGCUCUUAAGUUGUGAACGGUUAAUUGGUAGCUAACGGUAGCUGCCAUAGGGAACUUAAGUGUUUUUGUUUUUUCAUCGGCUAAUUUAAAAGCUGUCGUCUACUGAAAGCCACAUCACACAAUACACAGCCAAGGUGGGGAAGACAUCACUCAUCAUGUCUUUGGUUGGAGAGGAGUUCCCAGAAGAGGUUCCCCUCAGAGCUGAAGAAAUCACCAUCCCUGCUGAUGUGACUCCAGAGAAGGUGCCUACACACAUAGUGGACUACUCAGAAAAAGAACAGAGUGAUGACGUCCUUAGAGAUGAGAUCAUCAAGGCUAAUGUUGUAUGUGUAGUGUAUGACGUCACCAACGAGGACACAAUAGACAAGAUCAAAACUAAAUGGAUACCUUUAGUAAAUGGAGACGCAGAAAAAGGAAACAAAGUUCCCAUCAUCCUUGUGGGAAACAAGUCUGAUCUGCGCUGUGGAAGCUCAAUGGAAACCAUUCUUCCCAUCAUGAACCAGUUCUCUGAGAUUGAGACAUGUGUUGAGUGUUCUGCAAAGAACCUGAAAAACAUUUCAGAGCUGUUCUACUAUGCACAGAAGGCAGUUCUUCAUCCCACUGCCCCUCUUUAUGACCCUGAAGACAAACAGCUAAAACCUUUGUGUGUCCGAGCCCUUAGCAGAAUAUUCUACAUUUCCGACCAGGACAAUGACCGUAUCCUCAGUGACGCUGAACUCAACAGCUUUCAGAAAUCUUGUUUUGGGAAUCCUCUGGCACCUCAAGCCUUAGAGGAUGUGAAGACAGUAGUUUGGAAGAACACCAGCGAUGGGGUGCAGGACAACGGCCUGACCCUAAAUGGUUUCCUGUUCCUUAAUACAUUAUUUAUCCAGAGGGGCCGACAUGAAACCACGUGGACCAUCCUCAGGAAGUUUGGUUAUGAUGACAGCCUUGAGCUGACUGAUGACUACCUUUAUCCUGAACUUCGCGUUCCUCUCGGCUGCACCACGGAGCUCAAUCAUUUCGGCCACCAGUUCCUUCUGCAGCUGUUUGACAAGUAUGAUGAAGACAAAGACUCUGCCCUGUCACCAGCAGAGCUUAGGAAUCUGUUCUGCGUAUGUCCUUACAUGCCAUGGGGUGCAGAUGUCUACAGGACUGUGUCAACCACAGACGAGGGGUACAUCUCUAAUCGAGGCUACCUUUGUCAGUGGACGCUUUCUGCUUAUCUUGACAUCCACCGUUGCCUGGAGCAUCUAGGAUACCUAGGAUACCCUAUCCUCACUGAGCAGGAGUCACAGACUGCAGCAAUCACAGUGACACAGGAGAAAGAAGUGGACCUAGAGAAGCGCCAGACACAGCGAUCAGUGUUUCUCUGCAAGGUGAUCGGACCACAGGGGACGGGCAAGACAGCCUUUCUCCAGGCCUUUUUGGGUCGCAACAUUGUGAAUAAAGGAAAUUCCAGCAGUGCCUUCGCCCCCUAUGCCAUAAACACUGUCCAAGUCAGCAACCAGGAAAAGUAUCUUAUCCUCAAUGAGGUGGAUGUGGAGGCAGAGUUCCUGAAGGCAUCAGAUGCCUCCUGCGACGUUGCUUGUCUCAUGUAUGACACCAGUGACCCACAUUCCUUCAACUAUUGUGCCAGUAUAUACAAGCAACACUACAUGGAGAGCAACAUCCCAUGUGUGCUGGUCGCCUCCAAGGUGGACCUUCCUGAAGUCAAGCAGCUCCACGGGAUGACCCCAGCAGAGUUCUGUUAUAAACACAGACUGCCUCCGCCGCUGCCCUUCUCCAGCCUGUUCCUCAACUCCACCAGCAAGAACAUCUACACCAGGCUUGCCUGGGCAGCGAUGUACCCACACCUGAAUGGUUCAGACAUGAGCAACACAUCUUUCUGGCUGAGAGUGGCGCUGGGCUCGGCUGUGGUUGCAGUUUUGGGCUUUGCUAUCUACAGAGCCGUUGCUAGACUGAAAUGAACAACAACCAGCUGAGCUUUUAUUUUCUUCAAGAUGACGCUCCUUCCAUCCAUAAAGACCAAACCUUCAAGACCAGAGCAACCGCAGUCUGAACUUUAUGAAGUCUGCAUCAUUUUCCUUUUCAUCAUGAAGGCUUCCAGAAAACUCUUCGCAUCUCUGCCCCUCUUAGUGUCUGACUUCUUUGCUUUUUCCUACCCUCUGAGUCAGCAGAUCACAAAAAUCCAAAGGCAAAUGGAAGCUAGUGAUAAUAUUGUUCUCCGUGCUGCCGUGCCCAGCUUUUUCUGCCUUACAUUGUGUAACCAAGCUAAGUAAGAGUUAGCCUCUGUGCUCGGUACAUUAAUACACAAAGAACUGCUACUAUUAAUGUCCAACAAGGUGCUUUAUCAGAACAGAGGAAAUGCACAAAGACAGUAGUGUCAAGUCCACUGCUUUCCCCUCUAUUAUCUGUAAGGGUUUGAUGGUGAGAUUGGAGUUUUUAUAUACAUGCAGUGUAAUAGAGAAAUGCCAAAUUGACAAGACUGAAGAACCAAAGGGCAGCACAUGAAGCGUUUUAACAGAGGUCAUCCGUAUUGGCUGCCACUGAAACUCCUCAGUGAGCAACAUUUUUCUUUUUGACCAAGCUACAACAGGUAGAAGAUGUUCAUGUCUGAUUUGCCAAAUAACUCCAGCAGCAAGGAGUAGUCAUAGCACGUUAAUUGCUUCUUAGGCAUACCAUUUUGCUUGAGAAUUAAACAUUUUCAUUAGCUUGAAUCUCAUUGUGAAAAUGUUUUUAGCGUACCAUGCUAAAAACAUUUGACCAUGCACUGAUCUGCUGUGGCAUGGAGAGAUUUCUCUUUGUGCGUGAAGAAAAAUGACCAUUUAUAUUUGUAUAUGCAUCUGCAAGAAAUCAAGAAAUAUUUCCUCUUAUAAAAGGAAGCAAAGCAUACGUUAAAAGGACAAAGAAAAAUCGGGUCAGAUUUUUUGCUUUCACUUCCUCUGUUCACAUUGAAAUCAAAUUAAUUUUAACUGAGAUUGAAAUAGAUUUGUAAGUGUGCUUUUUCUAUUCAAAUACACCUGACACUGUGCAUACACUUUUGCCACGUUACAUAAUCUGCCAUUGUUUUAUUUUCCGACAUGAGUCAGUCAUGUUAUUGUCUGUUUUGUUGAUAAAAUUUAGCUGGUGACCUGCUGUUUCUACAGGACACACUUCUGCGCCUUUUAAAAUAUGGCUGUUUUCUUACUGCAAGUGAAUUGAUUUAGAUGCUCAAUAAAAGACCAGACCAGACUGGGUGGGGGCUUCUGCCCAAAAGACUAA